AUGACAAGGUGCUGGCCGGCUUUGUACACGGGUCAGGCGUGCCUGCUCUACAACAUUGUCUUCGGUCCUCUCGUAUUGUUGGUUCAUGCCUGCAGGAUUUACCUUCCAUCUUGCUUUUAUAUCUACGCAUGGCGACUUUACUGGACUCUUGGUGGCUGCUGCUCCGCCUUCUUCCAGGAUCAGGAAUUUCCGCCGAACAAUGCUUCUCUUGGCAAGGUUUCUGGUGAUACCGCCAAUGAAUCUGGGGGAAAGCAAGGUGGUGGGACUGCCUGGGUCCGAGCAAUGCACUUCUCAAGGAAUCCUGGAGCCCAGCCGUCUCAUCCAACACUUGGGGAUUCGCACAUGCGGUUGUUCGAAGGCAAGAUUGAGGCGCAAGAUAUUUUACAAGGCGCAUUAGGUGACUGCUGGCUACUUGCCGCUAUGGCUACCUUGGCUGAGCACGAGGGCUCUAUCAAUCGACUUUUUCAGGACUGCUGCGUGCAACCUGACGGGAAAUACAGCAUAAAGCUGUUUGAUCCUCAAGUCAAGCAGUGGAAGGUUAUCGUAAUAGACGAUUUCGUUCCAUGCCUGGCUGAUGCUCGUGACCCUGAUGGCGUUGCAAGAUGUGCCGACGGCAUGCCCAAGGCGAUGUAUGCACGUCCGCACGGCAAAGAGAUUUGGACCAUGCUGCUGGAAAAGGCUUUUGCAAAGCUCUGCGGCAGCUACGCUGCGACGGAGGCAGGCAUCACUGAGUGGGGAAUUUCUGCCAUGACGGGUGGAAGUGCCUGGCGGUACGAGCGGGACGACUCGAAGUGGAGCCGGCUGGACCUCGUGGCUGAGGAGUCCAAGGACAAGAGAGCCUGCGGUUUCAAGCAUGCGGCCGAGGGGCAUGAUGACGAGGAGUUCUUCCUGCUCCUGCGAUACUAUCACCGCCAGGGAGCGGUUCUCUGUUGCGGAGGUGUCAAGCCAGCUGGGCAAGAGCAAGGUCUGGUGGUCGGACAUGCCUUCUCCUUACUGCAGGUACGAGCAGUUUUCACCAGCUGGCAUUCAGAGGAGUUCUUCCGUAUGGUACAGAUACGGAAUCCCUGGGGCACUGGAGAGUGGAAAGGCCCUUGGUCGGAUGCCUCACCGCUGUGGGAAAAGUACCCGCACGUACGGGAAGUCUUGCAGUUCUCAGGGAGAGAUGAUGGAACCUACUGGAUGCAGUGGGAAGACUUUUGCCAUUUCUGGGGCUACGUUGGCUGUGUGGAUUACGGCAACAGCAUUUUGUCAAUGAGGCUGCCGAUAUUCUCGGAGGAGGAGGCGACAGGUCCCAUGAAGGCAUGCCUUCUUGGCUGUGCCCGCUUUUGGUGCUUCUGCGAAGGGCCACGUCAUUUCUUUCUCUCUCACGAGGCUUCCGCGGAUAAGGUGGAGAGCAAUGUUUUUCAGCGAAACUUCGGUUGUGAUCCUCGUGGAGCUUAUUGCAGGCUGUGUGAGAGGGAUAUGGUCAUACCACAGCUGCAAGGGUACGCAGACGUGCGCUGA